AUUCUAAUUUAUUUCUUUUCUGCUGCCCAUGCAUAGGUUCAUGUGUUCUUUUACCGAAAUCUACAUGCAUUAAGAAUCAAAUUGUGUCUAAAAACAGUCGUUUUGGUACGUGAAUUCAUCUGCUGCGACUCUCUGCACAAAUGAGCGGUGUUAAGAAUCAGUCCCUCUCUAUCCAUCCCGACGAGCUCAAGUUCCAAUUUGAGCUCGAGAAGCAAAUAUGCUGCGAUCUCAGAGUUUCAAACACGACAGACCAGCAUGUGGCCUUCAAGGUCAAGACAACUUCUCCGAAAAAAUACUUUGUUCGACCCAACACUGGUGUUAUACAGCCUUGGGACUCAUGUAUGAUACGAGUGACCCUUCAAGCUCAACAAGAUUACCCUCCAGAUAUGCAGUGUAAAGAUAAGUUUCUUCUUCAGAGCACCAAAGUAGCACCAGAGACUGAUAUUGAUGAGCUUCCACAAGAUACUUUUAAUAAAGAUAGCGGGAGAACUAUAGAGGAUUCCAAGCUUAGGGUUGUGUACAUCUUUCCUCAAUCGGGCUCAACAAAUGCAGAAGAUGGUUAUAAAAGUUCUGAUAGCAAUGUGAGCUCUACUUCUAUUGCCGUACAGCGUCUCAGAAUUGAGAAGGAUGCAGCUGUCCGGCAAGCACAACAGCUGCAACGCGAGUUGGACACGUUGAAGAGGCGAAGAAGUAGAAGAAAUUCAGGGUUUUCUUUCAAAUUUGCAAUUUUUGUGGCCCUGAUUGGAAUUAUGGUUGGCCUUCUACUGAACUUGUCAUUGUCCUCACCUCCGCCUACUCCAGGUCCAGUACCCUCCGCGCCUCCUACAGAUUCAGUACCAGUUACAGCACCCUCUACGCCUCCUACUGAAUAAUUUUGUCCUCAUAGUAUCAAAACCUUCUGGUUUUCCCAUCAUUCUGAUAUGUCGAAA